UUGAGAAUCUCAAUCUAGGACAGCAGCGGCCAUAUUGCGUAUCGACCUUUAGGGGUACGGUGGUCGUGUAAUUUCAUUACAUACUGGGUGGAAUGGUGGUAGUGGUCCUAUAAUUCGUGCACAGUUUUAUCCCCCAAGUCUUCGCAACCGUAUGUGAAAGGAGUUCGAGCCCGCACAUCAACCACCAUGGCCCGAGGCGCUCUUUGUUUGCCGUUCGCGUUUCUAUUAUUAGCGAGCGUAAUUCCGUCAGAAGCCCAAAAGGCGGAGGCGGAGGCGGGAGAGGAGAGCCUGGUGACGGUGGCGCAGGGAGCUCCGCUGACGGUGGAGUGCAGGCUGCGAGCGGAGCAGCGCGCGGACUGGCAGCGUGACGGCGCCGCGCCGCCGCCCGACCUGCGCGCUGCACCGGAGUCCCCCGCCGCGCCCGACGCGCGGCUGGCCGCGCGGCUGCGCACGCCGCACGCCGCCGCGCACCACGCCGGCCUCUACACGUGCGCCGGCGACCGGCGGCACCGCGUGCGCGUCGUCGUGCUGCCCGCGCCCGGCACGGAGCCGGCGCUCGCCCCCGCCGCCGACACCGCCGACGCUGCCGCCGCCGCCGCCGACGGCCUGCCCGAGCUGCUGUACGACGUACGCGGCAACAUCUCGCUGCAGUGCCCGCUCGCCAACGACAAGAGUCUCGACUAUGUGUGGAAGAAGAACGAUACGGACCUAUCGCUGGUGUGGGAGAUGAAGGACCGUUGGACGCUGGAGCGCGGCGGCGCGGAGCUCCACGUGAAGCGCGCGCUGGAGGACGACUGGGGCAACUACUCCUGCAGCGUCGCCAGCGCCGAGCACCGCUGGGCGGUCCGCGGCCGGCCGCACGUCAAGCUGCCGGCCAACGCCAACGUCGUGGAGGGGCAGAAGCUGAAGCUGACGUGCCGCGUGGUCGGCAAGCCCCACCCGCGCGUCACCUGGUUCUACUCCAACUCUAGUGAUGGACCUUUUGCGCCGUUGGACGAGGCUUCAGGCGCCACGCUGGCCGACAGCGAGGCGGGCGUGCCCGACGGCGUGCUGCUGCUGGCGGCGGCGACGCGCGCGCACGCGGGCCGCUACAACUGCACGGCGCGCGACGCGCCCGCGGCCGCCAGCACCACGCUGCGGGUCAAGGACAUGUACGCGGCGCUGUGGCCCUUCCUCGGCAUCUGCGCCGAGGUGUUCGUGCUGUGCGCCGUCAUCCUGCUGUACGAGCGCCGCCGCACCAAGCCCGACCUCGACGACUCGGACGCCGACAACCACGACCAGAAGAAGUCGUAGGCGCCUCCGCAGCAGCGAGCGACGCGGCCCGCGCCCGCCACGCCGAUAUUUUAAAGAUACACGUUAGAUUUAGAUGCUGUAAUAUUUUGUUUAGCUUAAGACGGCCAUUGUGUAUGUUGUAAAUAAAUCCAACCGUUCGACCCUCCCGACACCACGCCAUGAGUGUUUCAGUCUGACAACAAUGCUCCCGAAUGGACCACGCGUUGUUCGCGAGUGGUUCACGAGCUAUUUGCGCGUUGUUCGUGAGUGGAUCAAUUGCGAGGACGAUGCGUUUGCACACUGCUUAAGUCCACCGAAGCGGGCCGAGGCAGCGGAGCCGAGAAACGGAGAAAUCUUAACCAAUAGAAUUGCACAAAAUCUCUGCUCCUUUCAAGUGGACAGGGACUUGCGAACUAGUUUAAAAAUUCAUAUAAAAACGGUAAGCGGGGAAACACGUCUGCAAUUCGGCUUCGCAUUAGUUUCUUAUUCCUCUCCGCAUUGCUCCGAUUCCGCUGCCUCGCUCCGCUGCCACGCUCCGCUUUGGUGGACAGGCAGCCUAGUUCAGUCUUUUUUUCUAAAACGUCAGUUAUAACGAUACACACGAGUAGAUCUAGUGACGAUCCCUGACAAACUAUUCAACUGUUCGUGAACCCAAUGAUCCAAUGACAACACAAUAUCCACUAACUUGCUGGUUAACGACGCGACAACAACCUGUGGACCACCUGACGUUCACAACUCGAACUCUACCGUGGUCGUAGACCACCGGAUGUUCACUCGUUGACUACGAAACAUCCGGUGUCGGGUGGGUCCAAUGACCUCAGACCAAUUAUUGUAAAAGACCUACCUCGCUAGACGUUACUUUUCUGUCAGUAUAUGAUCAAUGAUCUAAUGAGAUUAUAAAAACUGUCUCUAGACAUACCAAUAUAAGAUAUACCAAAUUCAAGGUUAUUCUCAGAAAGACAAUUUUUGAAAACGUGAAUUUGGUUGCGAUACUGAUUGGUCUGAGGCCUCACUAACUCCUAUGGGACGGCGCACAACACAUACGUCGACAUUCUUUCAGUUAAAAAAACCUUAAUACCACGAGCACACCAAAGUUUGUGAAAUAACUAUGGUAUAGAGAACGACGUUAAAACAAAGUGUUUUAGAUCUCGACCAAUAGUGUGUGUUCGAAAAUUCGGAUUCAUCCAAUUUAAGCUAAAUAACUAACCGCCAAAGCUUACUUAAUUAAAUUGAUAAUGUCGUAAUACAAUUAUUAUGUAUAAUUUUUAGUGUAGGCACGGCGUUAAUUGAAUAAAAGACAUUGUUGUGAGAAAAAUCAUCUACUAAUCAAGUCAUAAAUCGAAAGAAAAAAUCUGCAAUAUCGUGUAUUAUACACACAGUCGGAAAUCGGUGAGAUUUCUUGUUCAAUGGUAUUUGAUACUACGCUAUACAUUAAUUGCCUUAAUACACAUAUAUUAAUAUAAUUGUAAUUUUCUGUAUAUUUACUGUUUUUGUCAAGUCGUGACAAAUCUUCACUUAGUUGCUAGCCGGAUGUCGGUAACAUGAUGGUAGAAAAUUUUAAAUUAAACUACAUCUUUGACAACGUUGUUUCAUCGGCGUGCAGAGUAUCGAUUUUAAAAAUUAUUUCAUCAAUGGGAAACUACAUUAUCACCGAGUAACACAGGCUAUAUUAUAUUUCGUAUUCCCACGGGUACGCGGGUAAAACCUCGUGCUGUUCGCUAGUUUUGUAUUAAAGCUAUCUAUCUGACAACGUUGUUUCAUCGACGACUUAUUUGUAAAUGUAUAUUCUACAAAAAUGGUUUUAAGACAUCCGACGAGUAGGGUCUGGUCCGACGAGCGCCCGAGUCACGACUUGCGUUGUGUUAAUAAUAUAGCUAUUAAUUUACCUGAUCAAUAAAUUAUUAUUAUUACCGUU